UCAUUAAUAUACAAUAUGAAUAACAAAGGGCCCAGUACUAAACCCUGUGGGACCCCAGCAAGAACCUCUUUAAAAGAAGAUGAGCAGUUCCCUACAGACACCAUAUGUAACCUAGGUACCACAAAGAUGUCAAAUACAGAAGAUAACAAGUCAUUCUCCUCUAAAAGCAAGAUUGUAUUGGAAAUUGAUGCUUUUCCUUUCAAAGGAUUAAAGAUAUCCGAUGAUUGGGAAAAACUGGAUUCGAUUGAAAACAGAUCCACUUGUUCUGUGUGCAAGAAGUCCCGAAAAUAUUUCUGUUACACAUGCUAUGUAGCGGUUCCAGAGAUUCGGCACAUUGUCCCAGUCCUGAAGUUGCCAGUAAAGGUAGACAUAAUCAAGCAUGCCCGAGAGAUGGAUGGCAAGAGCACUGCUGUUCAUGCUGCUGUUUUGGCUCCGGAUGAUGUGAAGAUAUUUACUUAUCCCUGUAUCCCUGAUUACGAAGCAGAAGAAAAUGUCGUUCUUGUUUUUCCCAAUAAGGAUGCUGUAUCUGUUCAAGAAAUGUGUAGCAAACUUUUCAGGAAGGUCCGUCCUCUGGUCAACAAACGUCCCUGUCCUGACUCCAGAGGCUGCAUUGUUCAUCGAGUUGUGUUUAUUGACUCUACCUGGAAUCAAAGUCGAGGAAUCUUCAAAGAUCCUAGAAUCAAAGCGUUGCCGAGUGUGGUUUUAAGAAGCAGAUUGUCCCAGUUUUGGAGACAUCAAGCAGACAGUCCUCGUUGGUAUCUAGCAACAAUUGAAGCCAUUCAUCAGUUUAUGGUAGAGCUGGACGAAGCACAGUGGCAACUAGAUCACAGAAUAGUCCAACAUAGCGUGGACCUAGAAACAAACCCGAUCAACAACACCGAUCAACAGCUUGCUAGGUGUGAGGAUAGUAAAGGAGAAGGAACAAUACCUGGCCCUGCAAGUAGUUCUGAAGUUAUAUCAAGUAGGACGAACUGUGAUCAAGCCAAUAACUUAACAGACAGUCACAGUGAGGGAAAGGAAGAAUCCCAAAAUCCAAACAAAAGAAAAAGUGAAUGUAAUUAUUUUUACAAUGGCAAGUAUGAUAACCUGUUGUUUUUCUUCAGAUUCAUGUACAGUAAAAUACAUACAUUGUACGACCAUGACCAGUUGCGUUCAUACAAAAGGCGAUUAGAGUAAUUUGUGUUAUUAUUUAUCAAUCCAAUCUAAUAUAUUCCAUACAAUGCUUAAAUUUGCAUACCCUUAAGGAUUAUAAGACGGUGUUAAAUAUUUGCUAGUUAGCAGGUAAUACAGUAAUACUAGGAUUGCAUUUGAUGCCUACUGUGCUAUAAUUACAAUAUUGUGAUGAGGCACAUAGCAGAGAUGCUAUAGUUCGGCCGCUUAGAAAGCGACCUCCUCCUAGCUUUGGUUAGCAUUAGCACGCAGGUCGCUUUCUAAGCGGCCGAGCUAUAGUAAGAUUAAUGAUAAUAAAUAUUUACUGUUAUACUUGAUUUACACUAUUUAACCGUGCUCUCAUUUCAGUUGAUUAGUUUUUAAAACAUUUAGACUUAAAUAACAAAAAUAAUAGUCCUGCUGCAGCAAACCUGCAGACUAAAGCGGCCACAUGUGCCUUGCAUGGCUCGUGGUACUUUAAUAAUUUAUUCUGAAAUGGCGUACGAAUGUACCGUACGAAUGUAGGUAUUUUAAAUACUUGCCUUUAUCCACAAUCCCUGACCUCCAAGAAACUGGAUUACAGGACGAUUCCGUCCCAGUCACUGGUGAGGUGACUGUGAGAGGCUCGAGGCACAUGUGUGACUUAGUGGUGACCACACACUACAGACACAUGCGUGCGCACCACUGUCAUGACGAUGCAAAUAAUGGGGCUAUAACAGCAAAUACAACUGUUAUAUUAAAAACGUUAUAACAAUAAA